UGUGUGUGUUUGUGUGUGUGGAGGGGACCCUGGGGUUAGCAGCCGCUAUCGCAGCGUUGGAUGUGCAGAGCACCAGCGGUCGGCGUCCACGGAUGUUGUGUUGGCCGCCGCCAUGAGCUACACAGGCUUUGUCCAGGGAUCCGAAACCACUUUGCAGUCCACAUACUCGGACACCAGCGCUCAGCCCACCUGUGAUUAUGGAUAUGGAACUUGGAACUCUGGGACAAACAGAGGCUACGAGGGCUAUGGCUAUGGCUAUGGCUAUGGCCAGGAUAACACCACCAACUAUGGGUAUGGUAUGGCCACUUCACACUCUUGGGAAAUGCCUAGCUCUGACACAAAUGCAAACACUAGUGCCUCGGGUAGCGCCAGUGCCGAUUCCGUUUUAUCCAGAAUUAAUCAGCGCUUAGAUAUGGUGCCGCAUUUGGAGACAGACAUGAUGCAAGGAGGCGUGUACAGCUCAGGUGGAGAAAGGUAUGAAUCCUAUGAGGCCUGUGACUCAAGGGCCGUCCUGAGUGAGCGUGACCUGUAUCGGUCAGGCUAUGACUACAGCGAGCUUGACCCUGAGAUGGAAAUGGCCUAUGAGGGCCAAUACGACGCCUACCGUGACCAGUUCCGCAUGCGUGGCAGCGACACCUUUGGUCCCAGGGCGCAGGGCUGGGCCCGGGAUGCCCGGAGCGGCCGGCCGAUGGCCUCGGGCUAUGGGCGCAUGUGGGAAGACCCCAUGGGGUCCCGGGGCCAGUGCAUGUCUGGUGCCUCUCGGCUGCCCUCCCUCUUCUCCCAGAACAUCAUCCCCGAGUACGGCAUGUUCCAGGGAAUGCGAGGUGGGGGCGCCUUCCCAGGCGGCUCCCGCUUUGGCUUUGGGUUUGGCAAUGGCAUGAAACAGAUGAGGCGGACCUGGAAGACCUGGACCACAGCAGACUUCCGGACCAAGAAGAAGAAGAGAAAGCAGGGCGGCAGUCCUGAUGAGCCAGAUAGCAAAGCCACCCGCACGGACUGCUCGGACAACAGCGAUUCAGACAAUGAUGAGGGCACUGAGGGGGAAGCCACAGAGGGACCUGAAGGGACCGAGGCUGUGGAGAAGGGCUCCAGAGUGGAUGGAGAGGACGAGGAGGGAAAAGAGGAUGGGAGAGAAGAAGGAAAAGAGGAUCCAGAGAAGGGGGCCCUGAGCACCCAGGAUGAGAACGGCCAGACCAAGCGCAAGUUGCAGGCAGGCAAGAAGAGUCAGGACAAGCAGAAAAAGCGGCAGCGAGACCGAAUGGUGGAAAGGAUCCAGUUUGUGUGUUCUCUCUGCAAAUACCGGACCUUCUAUGAGGAUGAGAUGUCCAGCCACCUAGACAGCAAGUUCCACAAGGAACAUUUUAAGUAUGUAGGCACCAAGCUCCCUAAGCAGACAGCCGACUUUCUGCAGGAGUACGUCACCAACAAGACCAAGAAGACAGAGGAGCUCCGAAAAACUGUGGAGGACCUUGAUGGCCUCAUCCAGCAAAUCUACAGAGACCAGGAUCUGACCCAGGAAAUUGCCAUGGAGCAUUUUGUGAAGAAGGUGGAGGCAGCCCAUUGUGCAGCCUGCGACCUCUUCAUUCCCAUGCAGUUUGGCAUCAUCCAGAAGCACCUGAAGACCAUGGAUCAUAACCGGAACCGCAGGCUCAUGAUGGAGCAGUCCAAGAAGUCCUCGCUCAUGGUGGCCCGCAGUAUCCUCAACAACAAGCUCAUCAGCAAGAAGCUAGAGCGCUACCUGAAGGGCGAGAACCCUUUCACUGACAGCCCCGAGGAGGAGAAGGAGCAGGAGGAGGCUGAGGGUUGCGCCCUGGACGAGGGGUCGCAGAGCGAAGCGGCAGGGAUCUCGGAGGGUGCAGAGGGAGCGCCGGCGCAGCCCCCCGUUCCCCCAGAGCCGGCCCCCGGGGCUGCGUCGCCACCACCACCGCCGCCCCCAGAGGAGGAGGAGGAGGAGGAAGGCGCAGUGCCCUUGCUGGGAGGGGCGCUGCAGCGCCAGAUCCGCGGCAUCCCGGGUCUCGACGUGGAGGACGACGAGGAGGGCGGCGGGGGCGCCCCGUGACCUGAGCUCGGGGCGGGCGGAGCCCGCGGGGCCGAAGCUGGAAACCAAACCUAAUAAAGUUUUCCAUCCCA